UGGCUAAGGAUCUGGCAUGGCUUUAUUUUGAAGUAUUCGAUAGUCUUGUAGUGAAGACGCCAGAGGAGCGCCUAGAAUGGUCUGAGAUUGUGUCCAGCUGCAUGUCUGAAGAUGAAAUUGAAAAGCAGAGGAAUCAGAAACCAUCAAUAGCCUCUAACAGACUGACUCAAAUUUUGGAUCCAAUUCUCAUGACCAAGCAAAUGUUUGAUUUGAAACCAGCUCAGUAUAAAUGUCUCUGUGCCUCUAACUCUGCAGCUGUUCCUGGGUUUCAGCACUGGGAAACCAGUCUAUGCACCAAAAAUGUCUAAAACUGGAACCAAGAUUACAUUCUACGAAGACAAAAACUUUCAAGGUCGCCACUAUGACUGUGACUGCGACUGCGCAGAUUUCCACAUGUACCUGAGCCGCUGCAACUCCAUUCGUGUGGAAGGAGGCACCUGGGCUGUGUAUGAAAGGCCCAACUUUGCUGGGCACAUGUACAUCUUACCUCGGGGUGAGUACGCUGAAUACCAGCACUGGAUGGGCAUGAACGACCGCGUGGGCUCCUGCAAAGCUGUUCAUCUGUCUAGCGGAGGCCAGUAUAAGAUUCAGAUUUUUGAGAAAGGGGAUUUUAAUGGUCAGAUGAAUGAAACCACUGAAGACUGCCCUUCUACCCUGGAGCAAUUUCACUUUCGAGAGGUCCACUCCUGUAAGGUGCUGGAAGGUGUCUGGAUUUUCUAUGAGCUACCCAACUACCGUGGCCGGCAGUAUCUCCUGGACAAGAAGGAGUACCGGAAACCCAUCGAUUGGGGUGCAGCUUCCCCAGCUGUUCAGUCUUUCCGCCGCAUCGUGGAGUAAUGAUAUGGGUGGGGCCAUAGCUUCUUCCUGUGGGCCAAAUGGUGACUGGCCUUCUGGCCCAAGUAGGCAACAGAAAUAAAACAAUCGGCAUGCAUUCCA